CUCGCUGAGAAUGCAAAGCGCGACGGCGUCGUCGUCACCGCGUCUGGCCUGCAGUACCGGGUGGUGGCGUCCGGCCCACCGGAGAGUCCGCACCCGCUCGUCUCGUCGGCGUGCGUCUGCCACUACCGCGGCAGCCUGGUCGACGGCACCGAGUUCGACUCGUCACACUCGAGGGGCGAGCCGGCUGUGUUUGCGCCGCAGCAGGUGAUCGGCGGGUGGACCGAGGCGCUGCAGCUGAUGCGUGCGGGCGACAAGUGGGAGCUCGCCAUUCCUCCGGAGCUCGGCUACGGCGCGUACGGCAUGCCUCCGCGCAUCCCUCCCGACGCGGUGCUGCUGUUUGAGCUCGAGCUGCUCGAGGUC